AUGACGGAAGAGAAAGACGGCGAUGGUCGCAAAAGCAAUGUGCUCGGCUUGGCCAACUGCACCUUGGGUGCCAGUUUCACGAUCAAGCUUGCCAAUCCCAGAUUUCGCAAUGUCGCUACCAGCCAAACUGGAUCUGGGGGUCGACCUCUUCGACGACGACGACCAAAAAAUAUUUUUUGGGCUGUUUGCGACAUUGAACGCGAAACUUUCACACAAGGUGCUGUUGGCCAAGCCGAGCACAUUGCUCUAUUCAAAACUCCACGUUUCAUUGUAAAGCUCUGA